GCUGCCUGGGAGCUGCACCCACGUGGGGGGAAGCAGGGGCAGAGCUGCUGGCCUGGGCUCUGUGCUGGCAGCAUGGCCAGCAAGGUGUGCGAGGAGCUGGGGGCCUUGAUGGCCAGCCCGGCAGCAGACAAGCUCUUCUCGCUGAGCGGGCUGUUUGCUGUGUAUAAGCCCAAGGGGCCUACCUCAGCUGAUCUGCUCAACCAGCUGAAGGCAAAGCUGCUGGCAGAAGCUGGUGUACAAGAGGUUGUAAGAAAAAGGAAGAAACCAAUCUUGAAGAUUGGACACGGUGGGACUCUGGAUAGUGCAGCUUCAGGAGUUCUGGUGGUUGGUAUUGGAAAAGGAACAAAACUGCUCGGAGGUCUAUUGGCAGGUUCCAAGAAGUACACAGCCAUUGGGGAGCUAGGAAAAGCUACCGACACAUUAGACGCCACAGGAAAAGUAACAGAAGAAAAGCCUUAUGAUCAAAUAACAAAAGGAGAUCUUGAAAAAGUGCUGCAGAAGUUCACAGGGGACAUAAUGCAAGUUCCUCCACUCUGGUCUGCUUUGAAGAAAGAUGGACAAAGGCUAUCGUUUCUCAUGAAGAAAGGAGUAGCAGUGGAAGCAAAGCCCGCUCGGCCGGUUAGAGUUUACAACCUUUCUCUCCAGAACUUCCAGCCGCCGCUGUUCACGCUGGAUGUUGAAUGUGGCGGUGGCUUUUAUGUCAGAAGCUUGGUCAGUGACAUUGGCAAAGAACUCUCUUCCUGUGCCAGUGUGCGAGAGCUGACCCGAACCAAGCAUGGGCCAUUUACCCUAGAGGAGCACACGCUUCAUGAAGACAAAUGGACAAUUGAUGAAAUUGCACGGUCCCUAGAGCAUUGCAUGUCUCUUCUCCCAGAAGAACCGUCACAUAAAAAAUUAAAGACCGAGCAUUCGGAAGAAUCUGCUGUGAGCUGUGAAGAUAAGUGAUAAGUCAGGUCAAGGAAAAAGACUGAAUGAUUGAGACAUUUUGAGAUUGGACCGGGAUAGUCUUGCCUUCCUGAGUAAAUUUACAAGCCUAUACAUGGAGGGUGAUAUACUGCAGUGCAAGGAGAAUGACCCCUUUCUCUCAUAUGCACAAAAUAUCUAGUGCUUAUUGCUUCCUUGCUUCUCUUCUGUUUUAUACACUGAAAAAAGGUCUCUUGCUAAAAACUAGCUCUUCGCUGUAUGCUGGAAAGAUGCUGAAGGGAGUGUAUCUUUUUAUUACUACGUUGAUACCAAAAAAAGUGUUUUAUAUUUUAUUAAAUUUGGUAAAUUUUGAGGGAGAGAAACAAUUCAUUUUUUGUGUAGCUGUUAGUCAAACUCAAAUCCUGAAAUAUCACUGUAAUGAAAGCCUGUGCCAGUUUGACAGAUGCAAAAAUGUGGAGUGACAUUGUAUUUCUUUUCUUUUCUUUUCUUAAAGAGAUUCCUUGAACUGGAAAUGAUUUCACUGUAGCCCUGAAAUGGUUUCACUUGUAGUCCUUAUUAUUUGGUGUGGUCUUUCAGUGGAACAUUACCCAGAAUAAGUCAAGCACAAACUGGGCUUUUAAACAUACCAUUCAGUUAACUGCUCAAAAAUAGAAGCAAUCUCUAAUGAUAAGUGGUAUUCCUUACUAAUGUUAAAUGGCUUGGAGCAGUGGGCACACAGUCAAUGCACCAGCAUAUAGCUAUUUCUUAUUUUCCAAGGGGCAACUUUACCCCAGAGUGGCAUGACUUACCCUGGUAGGCUGGCACAUCAUGUGACUGCUUCUCUAGCACACCAGCGUAAUUGUGCCAUGUGUAGUAAGGAAGUGAGAGCUGGGGGAAACUCCCACUUCUGUUUGCCUGAAGGAAUAAUGACCAAAAAGAAUAUCGCUAAAAAUGGUGGCUGCCCACUGUUCAAGGCCAAAUGGAAACAUAAUUGGACCUACCAUAUAACAGGCCAUAGACUUUUGCAUGGUAGUUCCUGCAGUGGGGAAAAUUGUUCUCCUCACCAUGUCUGUCAACGCUCUUGGGCCCUGGAAGUUGGGGCUGCCCCAUAUCUGUUGUGUAGAGACACUGCACUUUGAAUUUAAAGCCCCCCAGAUGCUGGUAAUGGAACCUGCCAUUUCCGCAGGUAAACGGUCCUAGCUGUUAAUUGAAGAAACCCAUCCAGGAUUUUACAAAGAGUAGGGGUACAGCGAGUGGAGCUGCAGGUGUGGCUGCACCCCCCUCUCUCCCUCUGCCUCCUCCCUGCUCUUGCACCGUGGGAGCAGCAGCUGAGGACUUAAGUCCCAAGGAAAGUAAGAAUUCCCCCUCUCCUUUCCCCUCCAUGCUUGGAGGCAUGUCUGCUCCCCUCCUUUCCCCUCCCCUUCCUCUACCCCACCUGCUGCUGCCAGCAUCCGCACUGUCCCGGGGCAAGGGGAGUUCCUGCCCCAUUCCAGCUGGGCUAUGCUUAUUCAGGACGAUGGCAGCUGUGGCUGCUGUUCCUGCUCCUGCUCCCAGGUCGGUGGAGAACGCCUGGGGGGAGCAGGCAAGGAAGGGGAAUGCACCCAUCUGCUGCUGCCCCAAGCUGAGCCCAGCACUCACACAGCUCAGCUUCUGCUUCUCUCGCUCCGGGGACAGCGGCAGCAGCAGGCAGUGGAGCAGAUGGAGAUGGAAAGGUAUAUGUCUUUAAGCAUGGAAGAGAAGGGGGUGGGGGUAAUUCUUACCUUCUUUGGGACUCAAGUCCCUGGCUGCUGCUCUUGCAGCAUGGUCAGAAAGUGAGGUGCAGCUGUGCCACUACACCCCUUCUGGCUCUGCCCUAGGUUAGUGGUUUUCAGCACUGAAAAAGAUGUUUCAUGUUCCUAAUUUGAAAAACACUGAAUCUACUUAUACCGUUGUCCCUUAAACUACAGCAGCCAAUAGCAAAGGUCUUCUCCUUUUUAUGGUACUUGUAGAACGUAACCGAGUUGCCUCUGAAUUUUCAGUCUUCUAAGUGAAAUCAGAAUAAUAAAGAUUAAGUUUCUCACUGUAGAUGGUGGAGAUUUCUGCUUAUUUUUGCAGUUCUUACUGACAGAAUAAGAGAUUUUAAAAUCCAGAUAAGGUUCCUGAAGUAUAAGAUUUCUUGAGGUUUUUAUCAUUCCUCAGGUAGUAAAGGGCUUAGUGUUUUCCUUUUAGUGUCUGCAUAUCUAUUCUGGGUCUAGGUGAAGUUGACAUAUUAAGACAUAAAAUUAGGGAAAAGUGUGGUCAGCUUCAAAAGAAAGUUAACACUUUGGAGGCUGUUUAUUUAAUGGUCUAGGAGAGGCAAGGUAGUUAAGAUAUUUCUCUUUGUCUCCUAAGAAAACCAAAUGAGGCAGCCAACAAUCACUUUUCAGUGUGCAUUUCUUGAGUGAUCAAAGACUUGCUGUUUCUUUUACUCUCUCUCCAAAUCUAGCUCUUGCAAGAACCUCAUUAACGUUAUCCCAGUGGUCUUUUAACAUUGAAUGGUAAGCUUUCAUUUUGUUCAUAUAUCCUGUGGAUAUCUUCCUUUUUUUUAAUAGCUCUUUGAAUAUAGGUCUGCUGCUCUAGUUGUUAUAGUGAGUUGCUUCUUAGAAAAAGGGCUGGAAUUGAAAAUCUCCUGUUCUGUUAAUAGGGUUUCUUUGUAUGUAGCGCUAAAAGUGCCUGGUGCAUUCUUCCCACCUGUCUGCUUGGUAUUUACAGCACUUUUCUUAAUCUUCUUUUUUUCCUUCAGCUGUCUAAAUGUUCUUAAUUUCAGUAGUUUGCCCUAUAUUUUUCUUCUGCUGCUUUUAAGUUAGUGUGAUACCGUCUAGUCUGCUGUAGAUAUUAGCAAUGUUCCUGUCGUCUUGGUAACAAAGAUCUUACCAAAGCCUGUUUAAAUUAAUGGGAAGAGGCCGAUUGACUUCAGUGGGUCUUAGACCAGGCUUGAAGUGCUAAGUAAAAUGUAUAUGGAAACAUAGAGGAAAAGAAUAUAAGCGGGCAUUUUUCUGCGUCCUCUUCAAGUUUGUGCGUAGAUGUUACUAGGGUCUCUCACUGUCCGUUUAAUGAAUAUGCCAGCUUUCUCAUCUUUGGGGUCCUUGAAAGAACGACCCACACGACUUGAGAGAUUCUCUCUCUUCUAGGGCCUUCGCUUCCCGUGUUUAUGUCCGACUGUCAUCAAAUGUCAAACAAGAGGGAGGAGCUUCUCGGGGCGUCAGGACUUUCACGGGCAUCAUGGUUUCUUCCUGCAAGAGGAAAGAACAGGACUGGACUUUGUCACAGGAAGCUCUUUGUCCUUCCUCCCCGCUCCCGACUGUUUCAAGCUAGGAAGGCAUGGAGAGGAGGGGAACCAUUUCAAAAUACCUGGAUGGUACUUAAGAUACCAGAAAAUAUGGUCUCUACAGUAGAGAGUUGUUACCAACAGUUCAUGGUGUAGACACUGUGACACAGUGAUUAAUCAAUGGUGAAACGAUGAAUGAGUUAAUCCAGGGCUUUCUGAACACCUGUCCAUGCAGCCCCUGCCCCAUGGCAGCAAAGGAGGAACCCGCGCUGACCCUAACAGUUGUACUAUUUGCCCUUUCUCCUUUUUGGCGUUUUCUACUUGCAUGCCUUAGUGCGGCGUCUUCACUGGUUCUUCCGUGGGUCGUUUCAUGAUGUUUUUAUUCCCAGGUCGGCUCUCCCUUGAGUCGUCCCCACUCCUAUGCUCCACCCCAGUUGCCAAAGUCUGAGCUGAUAUGUCCCAGCAGGCCUGGUCCCAAGUUGCAGGCUCCUUUCGCGUGCCCCUGGGACUCUUCAUUCCUCGUGCUUAGGGAGGGAGUGGGUCCUGCCGAGCCUCAGCUCCCUGGAAGGGUCAGCUGGCUCUGGGAUGUCCCUUGUCAUGCAGACUAGCUGCUCCAGGAAUGUCUUCAGGUUUUCAUGAAAGAUUUUGGGAGUGCACCUCUGCCUGCACUACUAAAGUGGUGCUGGGUAGUCCCUCUGGACAGGGGGACAGAGGAAACCUGAAACAUUUUCAGAGAGUUAAUCCUAUGAACUUUGGGCCAGAUCCUAUUUCACCUCGCUGGAGUCCCUGAAAAACUGCCAAUGCAAAAGAUUAGUGGGUGGGUGGCUCCUUUUACGUCCUUUUUGUGACUUCCUUAAGGCUAAGACAGUAGUGCAUUGUGAAAGUAGAUGAACUAAUGUUUUUUUCAGAGACUGGAAAAGGUUAGAUUGGACUUAGGUGUCUAAUAGUGGUAAUAGGAUAAGUUUGGUAUCUUGGCACUUUCCUGGGUCUGAAGAGACUGCUGGGUCCCCAUGGGAGCUCCUCUGUCUGGUAUAGCACAUAUAGAUGUAUUUAUUUAUUUAUUUUUUUAACCCAAGAGCCCUUGGAAUCACAAGCUUUAAAGUCAAGUCUUUACGGACAGAAAAAGUGACACUCUCCCAGGACUGAUUGGCACUGUGUCCUGGGUGAUGUGUAGAGGUAAUAUAGGGAAAAGUAUGUUUUGUGAAGGUCGGCGUAAGAAGAACUGAGCAGCCAAGUGAGAGGGACUCACGGUCAAAGAGAAAUCAAAGCAGUUAGUUAUGUUAAAUGUGUGGCUCUGCAGGUUACCACGAACCACACACGUUACCUAGGCAAUACCUAAUUUCUGUGGGCAUCCUUCCAGGGAAAAGACUUAAUGGGAGAAUAUGCCUCACCUUUCAGGCUGAAUACUGGUGAUCAGACCUUGGUCUCAUCCCCUCUGGCUCAUAGCGUUGCUCUAGCAUUAUCACUCUGUCUCCAUUGGACACUCACGUUUGCUGCAGCUGCUUCGAUGGGGUUGGCAAGGGCUUCGUCAUUUCUCCCUCUCCUCUUCCCACUUCUGCACAGCUGGAUCCUUUUCUUCCUCGCAUAACUGGUUAUCUUUUCAUUGUGAGGCUCUCCUCAUGGGCUCAUUUUCUCGUCUACAGUGAUUCUCUACUUUUUCUUUCAUGUUUGAUUAUUUCUGUUGUCACAGUGCUGCUGGUUUUGUACUUUUAAAACAAAAUCAGCAGGAUCCUUUUUAUCCUCAUCAGGCAUGGGGCUCCAACAAAAUAUUCCUUAACUUGCCUUCAUCAGGAGCUCUGUUUUGCGCCUUAUCCUUUAGUUCUGUUCUCGUCACCUUCUAUUUCUCUUAUUUAUAUCAGAGGAAAGUGAGAGCGUGCUAAAUAAUUUGCAUUACUAAAUCAAAAUUUUGGGAUCGUUUGAGAAUUUAAAAAUGCUUAACAGCUGGAGUGCUUAACUCAUCAGAUUGUGUCCUUCUAGCAUUCUCAUAACUCCAUUUUUUACAUUUACUAGGUAUAGCAGGGUGCUGUUUCAGGGCUUUUCAGCCUGGCUUUGUCCCUCCCCUAAAUGUGUCUCAGCCAGCCUUAGUACUAUGCAGGCUUUCACCCUGCUGGCCUUUGCUGCCUGGAGCAGCUCAGCCUGCCCCAGUCCUAUACCGCCCUUCAGCAAACAGAGUAAGGAAACAAAGGACCCUGAGAUGAGUCUGCUGUGGCUUCAGGCUUCCUUUCCCAGGCUUGUCCUCCUCCUAGCACAGACGUUUCCUACCUCUGGUGCUUCUCCUUGACUCCCAUUUCCCCUCCCCACCACCUCCUGUCUACCGGGCUUUUUGAUUCCCAGUGCCAUACCUUCCUUAGCCUUCCCACAGCUGCAGCCCUUCACUUUCCCUAGCUGCCUUUUCUUAAGAGGACAGGCCACUCUGUUGCACUUGGUCAGGGUUAGAAAUUAGCAGGAGCACCCGUUUUAUUGAAACAUGCUUGAGAAAGAGAUAGGUGUAUAGAGACACACACAUACACCCACCGCCACCUGCCUAUCCCUAGUGUAAACCAGCCAGAGGGAGAUCACGUGAGACAAGUGUGUGAAUUCAGCCAGGCUGGGCAGCAUACUGUCCCCAUUAAGAAGCAGUCAUUGCAUCUAAUUACCAUAGGCUUAAAUUGGUUCUUCGUGAAACCUGAUUAAGCAGACUGCCAGGAGUUAAGUGCAUCCCCAAAUAAGCCUCAAGCACUGGCUCACUGGAAUACUAGCAUCUCCGCUACGAGAGGAGAGAAAACAUUGCUCUGCGUCUUGCUUUCUCCAAGAUCAGCUGCUGCAAUCUCAGAAAGUGGCAAAGCAGCAAAAUGGGAACUGGGGCAACCUUAUUUCAGCAUUUCAAGACUGACCCGAAAGGGCUCAGCCAAGCAGCCCUCCUUAGAGAAAGUAAUCAGAAAAGGAACGGAUAUUUUAUUUCUUCGGUUCUUAGGGGGACAGCUAGAGGAACUGCUUUCUCCUCAUCCCCCAAAAAACAGCAUGGCAGGAGCAUGAGAUUCAAAACCACCCUAAGAUUUUUGCUGCGUCUAAAAUGGGGCUUUGCGAUGCCCUCGUUUCUCCUCACUGCUAGUUCAAAGUUGUAGAAAACCUGUCCCCCAGAUCUCGUCAGAGGGAGCGGAGACCCCUGCCCUUUCUACACUAUCCCAUCGCCUUAUGAGAUGGAGCGUGAAGGGCAGUGCAAACAGUUUCCUACUUGGCCUCUGUUCAAUAACCAGCUCUUAUGUGGCCUUUUACUCCGGAAGUGAGAGGGAGUAGAAAAAGAAAUGAAGGAAUUAUAUUGGUAAUAUAUAUACCAAAAUGGCUUUAAACAGCCUACAGCAGGGGUUUUCAACCUUUGUGGGUCAUUGUACCCUCGGCGGCCGGUUGAGAAGGUCUUUGUACCCCCGGCGGCCAGAUGAGCGUGGGGGGGUCCCCAGCAGCCAGUUGGCGAGCAUGGCAGUGGAAGUGCCAGUGGCGCCCGCUGCCGAGUACCCCCUGAGGCCAUCGCAAGUACCCCUGGUUGAAACCCCUGUCUUACAGUAUUCACUCCUCACCAAAACAAUUAAUGUAAGCUGAAGCUCUGUCCCCCAGCGAAUAUAACUGUUUCCAUGGGAGGUUUGAGUCUGUAAAUCUGCUGCUGUUUUGAAUCCUCUCCAAGCAACCACAGCCCUUGACACCAUGAAGAGCAAAAAGCAGGCUAAGAUUGAAAAGAAAGGUAGGGAACUGGGGACAAAAGCGGAAGAGAGCUGGAAACAAUGAGAGACGCUGCGAUCUCCCUCAGCUUGCCCCUUUUAGAUGAAAAGGAAAGAGACGUAUUCUCUUUUGCUCUUUUUUCCAGGUGGGGAUGACCUUAGGUAUUACUCUCAGUACCAGGCUCCAUGAAGGCCAGAUUUGCAAACAGUGCACACGUCUUAAUUAAAGUACCAAAAGUAUCACUUAAUAGGGAGACUUAAAACUCUCUUUAGUUUGAAUGAAGUGUGCACAUGCUGUGGUGAACGCUGCAUGUAUUAUUUUCUUACAUGAUUAUCCAAAGUGAGGAGUUAUUUUAUUUUAAAAUAUAUAUAUUAAAUCUUACAAAGAGAAAAAUGGGGAAGAAAAGGCUUUUGCCUUAGCUGUGAGUUGUCAUCCUUUUUUUUUUUUCUUUGACAGGAGAUAAAAUAAAACAAUUAGCUUAAAUAUAUCAUCUCAAAAUUUAAGGUGCUUUUAUGGAGAAAUGCAUUCUAAAAAUGUCUGAAGUUAGGAGGGCCAUUUGUUUCCAUUACAGCUUUCUAAAAAGACACAAUCAUAUGAUGCUUUGCAAGGUGCGCUAAUGUUUCACUGUUUCUUUUUUUUAUUAUUGACUUGCAAUAAGCACUUUAUAUUUCUGUUUGUAUGUAUCUGAAGAGAAAUAGUGUUGUCUAUCAUUAGAGGUUUUAUUGCUUUAUGUAAUUGAUAGGGUACUUUCUGUAUCUAGAAUAUAGAUCCACAAAAUCUAAAUUGCCUGUAAUUUGAACAAUGGAUAAAUACUAUGUAUAUAUGGGGCAGAGGGGGAGAGAGAGAAGCAAAUGUACAAAAUGUUUCCACUUUGUACAAAGCAACUUAAGCAUAUUUUUUUCUUAAUUUUUUUUUUAACUCUAGCUUAACUAUGGCUUUAACGUUACUUUGAAUUCAGCAAGGCUCAUAAGUACAUGAUUGAUUUACAGUGUGUGAAUACUCCUAUUGACGUCAGUGGAACUGCUUUAGCGCUCGGAGGUAAGCGCAUGCUUACUUCAGAAGAAGCUUGCUGAAAUUUAAUUACUUUGUCCUAUCAUGUAUGUUUGUGGUUUCUUUCUUUCUUUUUUUCUUUUUCUUUCCUUUUUUUUUUUUAAGAUGCGAGUAACAAACUUGCUGGACUGAAAUAAUACAUUUCUGUUGUACAAAAAAUAAAACAGGCAUCUGACAAGAUAAGUGAUAAUUUUUCCCCUCUAGCCACUGGAAAUGUAAUGGCUUUUGCUGUAAAAUAAAAAAGGAAAAAGAAAG